CUCUCAACGUAUACUCACCAUUCACGUGUGUUUAUGUUUUUGCAUCGGGAACACAUGUGUUAGCCAGUAACUAGCGCAAGAGAACCACGGGGAUGGUGCGAGUUAAAAGAAGGUACCUGGUGUGUGAGGUGAUUGCGGGGGAGGAGGAGGACACACAACUGCAGAACAUCAAGGAGCUGGAUGUGUACCGCGCCGUCUCUAACGCCAUCAGCCGAGCCCACGGAGACUACGGCAUGGGGCUUUUGAAAAAGUCACUAAAUGUAAAAUAUCUGAACAUUGGGACAGGGAUGGCGUUCAUACGAGUCAGACGAGGAGCUCAGCAUCUGUUGCAGACAGCACUUGCAUUUGUCAAGAAAAUUGGCAACACCAACGUUACCAUGACAACACUGCAUGUUGCAGGUACCAUCCGCUCCUGUCAGAAGUUCCUCAUCAGUUUUCACAAACAACAUCUCCCGGACUUCCUCCGUCACUGCUCCACACCGGAGGAGAGGCUCCAGGUCCAGCGCUCCAUCAAGGCAGCCUGUGAGAAGGUGAACAUGUACAAGCACCACUCAGAGAGCCACGGCAUAGAGGAGGACGACUCCUGAUGCAUGGACAUAGUUGUGGCAGAGAGGAGGACGACUGGGGAUCUUUGGACAGAGACAACCAAAAGAUGGCGACACAAGUACUGUCUGCAACCAACAGGUGGCGACACAAGUACUGUCUGCAACCAACAGGUGGUGACACAAGUACUGUCUGCAACCAACAGGUGGUGACACAAGUACUGUCUGCAACCAAAAGAUGGCGACACAAGUACUGUCUGCAACCAAAAGAUGGCGACACAAGUACUGUCUGCAAUCAACAGGUGGCGACACAAGUACUGUCUGCAAUCAACAGGUGGCGACACAAGUACUGUCUGCAAUCAACAGGUGGCGACACAAGUACUGUCUGCAACUAACAGGUGGCGACACAAGUACUGUCUGCAACCAACAGGUGGCGACACAAGUACUGUCUGCAACCAACAGGUGGUGACACAAGUACUGUCUGCAACCAACAGGUGGCGACAGAGUACUGUCUGCAACCAACAGGUGGCGACACAAGUACUGUCUGCAACCAACAGGUGGUGACACAAGUACUGUCUGCAACCAACAGGUGGCGACACAAGUACUGUCUGCAACCAACAGGUGGCGACACAAGUACUGUCUGCAACCAACAGGUGGCGACACAAGUGCUGUCUGCGAACAACAGGUGGCGACACAAGUACUGUCUGCAACCAACAGGUGGUGACACAAGUACUGUCUGCCACCAACAGGUGGCAGAACAAAUUUCCACACAAAGAUUCUUUUUUUCAUGUAAAGGAAUUCAAUCAAAAUUGAAAAAAAAGAAGAGUGGACUGAAACUUGACCUGUGUGAAGAUAAUGAACUGCAGUGUAUUGAUCUUGUUGAUACCGGGUACCCUCUGAGAAUGAACUCACGAGCCAUUAUUUAGUUACCAGGGUAACCAGAUAAAAUGUAUGAACAAGAUCUGCAUCAUCCAUGGCUUCUCAAAAUGAAUUUGGAUACUGUGAUAUUGUUGAAUAUUUUGUUAUCAAAAUAUAUUAUCGUGUUAAUCAUGUUAAUACUUACUGAAAAUAAAGAGUGACAGAAAGUGAAA